UUCGCGAGUUUGUUGACAACGGACGAGAGGGGAGAGCGAAUCGGUUUUGUUUCGUAACGCAAAUCUGGGCCGCGAGCCGGGAGAUGGAGACCAUCUGACGGUGUCUGGAGCAGUGGAAGCCGCAGACUUGCACAGAGACGCACGUGGUGUUACCCGACACUCCAUAUCUCACUUCACCAACAUGGCCGAGAUGGGCGACACAGUACCUCUACUAGUCCUCUUGAUCACUUGUGUCAUCACCGUGUCGCCUCACCCCCAGUGCCUGGACUAUCGACCCCCCUUCAUGGCCGGGGGCAACAACAACUUUUGUCCCCAGUACACUGACUUCGGAUGUUGUACGGAGGCGGACCAUGACGCCUUGCGACAGCGCCGGGACGACAUACAGAGGCGGCUGGGUGACCGAUGGAGCACGUGUGGACACUACGUGGACGAGUUGUUGUGUCAAUACUGCUCCCCAUAUGCUGCCCAUAUUUACGACGCCGAGGCUACCCAGAAUCCCCGGAAGUUUCCAGGUCUGUGUCGACCUUACUGCAACACCUUCUACGACACGUGUAAAGACGUUGUGCAAUAUAUAGACUCAGAACUUGCAAGUCUGCCGUCCUUCAGUUCCAGACAGGGAUUCUGCCAGGCCGUGGCCAUACCGUCUGACGUGGACUACUGUUACCCGGACCUCUUGACCAACCCUCUCUUCACUGACCAGAUCAACAACACCCAGAUCAACACGGAGGGCUGUCUGUGUCUGGAGGAACACCUCCAUGGCAUGAGGAACCCCAUUGUCGCACGACAUGCCGGGGACGGAUCUGGAAGGCUGUUUGUUGGUGAGCAGCUUGGAUUCGUUCAUAUCUACUUUCCCCGAAACAAGACAGGACUUCCAACUCCAUUCCUUGAUAUCACCAACAAGGUCAAGGUCAGUGCUCGGCGAGGAGAUGAACGAGGAUUCUUUUCAAUUGCCUUCCAUCCGAACUUCGCUGAUAACGGCAGAUUUUUCGUGUACUACUCGACACAUCUUCAGGACCAUGACGACUUGAACUUCUACGGCGGAGAUAUUCCUAUUGACCAUAAGAUCCGCAUCAGUGAGAUCCACGUGUCACAGGACGACCCGAACAGAGCUGACCUUGACACCGAGAGAAUUCUGUUGGAGGUCAUGGAGCCUUACUGGAACCACAACGGAGGCGAGUUGCUGUUCGGAGAUGACCGCUAUCUAUAUCUGUUUGUUGGCGACGGAGGGGCAGCGGCAGACCCUCACGGCUUCGCCCAGAACAAAUCGGUCCACCUGGGGAAGAUACUACGUCUAGAUGUGGACACUCCUAACCCCAGCAUGCCCUACUCCAUUCCUCCCGACAACCCCUUCAUCAACGAGCAGCACACCCUCCCUGAGAUCUACGCUUACGGCGUACGGAACAUCUGGAGAUGCGGCAAGGAUCGGGGCGACCGACAAACUGGAGAAGGCAGAGGUCGGAUAUUGUGCGGUGAUGUGGGCCAAUCAGCGUGGGAGGAAAUAGACCUGGUGAAAAAGGGAGCUAACUACGGUUGGAAUUCGAGAGAAGGAUUCCAGUGUUUUGAUGAAAACACAUGCGGAAACAUAGGUCCAGAAGAGUUGCCGGUAUUUGCCUACCCCCACCGGGUGGGAAAGUCUGUGACGGGUGGGGUCUUCUACCGGGGAUGUGAGAGCCCCAACCUGAACGGCAUGUACUUCUACGCCGACUACAUGUUCGGGCAGAUGUUCGCCUUGACGAAGAACGUAUCCGGCGAAUGGCACAACAAAGAGAUAUUCAUGUGCGAGCCUGACAUCUGUCUCAACGGUUUGAUUGGUCACUACGAACGUUACGUCAUUUCCUUUGGUGAGGAUGAAGAAGGAGAAAUAUAUUUACUCUCGACUGGAACUGAGUCUGCGGCUGGAACGGGUGGUAAAGUGUACAAGCUGGUAGAUCCGAUACGGCGCGGAGACCCCAGUGAGUGCCAGCACGCCAACCAGGGAACACGUGUCAACAACCCAGGGGAUCGUACUUACCCGCCGCUCUACACAUCAAGUACCCCAAGUCUUCCCUCGACAGCGGGCGCCACCUCCCCAUCAGCGAACCGGGCUCCGUCCAUCAAUGGGGUCAACAUCCGGACAUGCGCCAUGGCUACUACACUCAUGUGUGUCUUGAGGUCGCUCAGACACUGAGUGUGUCUGUGACAUCUUUUCGACGUCAUAGAGAAAGUAAUUCCGUAUUCGACGUCGAGACCACGAUACCACAACGAGGCUCCUACUGUGUACAACUGCAACCAGUCCAGAUGUUACUGUUACACCGGGACAGUUAUCGGUGAUCGGGAAGUUGAACAAUCAUCUGUAUAACAUAUCUUGUCAGUCA